UAUAUUAGUGUUCAUACUGAAACAUGGGCUAAGAUACAGUCAGUUCGACCCAAGAAACAUACUGAGAAAGGAAGCGUGGGAAAAUUCUGAGAAUAGAAGAGAAGAGAAGAGAGGAUGAAGAUGAAGAUGAGUGUGUUACUGAUUUUCAUGCUCUUCUUUCUCUCCGUCGUUACUUGCAUCGAAGAUAAAUGUGCUGCUUGUAUUGCUGUUGCUGAGGAGGUAGAGCGAGGUCUUUCCAAUGAAAAACCAAGGAAUCAUUUGGAUAUGAGACACCGUUUGGAUUCUAAAGGUCAACGGAGAGGAAAGGUUAUUGAUUACAGAAUGAGUGAGUUGAGAGUUGUUGAACUUCUGGAUGGCCUUUGUGAAAAGAUGCAAGAUUACACUCUUAACAAGGUUAAGUCAACCAAACAUGAGGAGUGGAUCAAAGUAGAUAACUGGGAUAAUAUCACAAAUAAACAAGAAGCUCGUGCUUAUUCAAAAGACAUCUCAACCUAUUGUGGAAGGUUACUUGAGGAAACAGAAGACGAGUUUUCGGAACUGAUAAAGAAAGGAUCUGUGAAAGUAGGAGAUGUAAGCAAGGUUUUAUGUCAAGAUCUGAGUCAUCAUUGUAGCAGAACAAGCAUUGGUUCUUCCAAAGGAGAUGACCAGGAUGAUGAAUCAGAUGCAGAGCUGUGAGUUUCUCAAACUGGAGUUGCAGAUGGGGCAAAAGGUUAUACGAUGUCAACUGUGGAAUAACUUAUGAACAAGUUAGUGGGGAGUUUUAUAAAAGCGAUUAUUAAUAUGUUAAAGCUGUGAAUUGCAUAUCAAUCCGGUAAAUUUUGGUAUGCGGAUUGAAGUUAUGUGAUGUACUAUUCAAACAAAUCUUUUCUUACUACUUGACUCAAAUUUUCUUUAUAGAAUCACUCCAGCAACUGGGGCCUUUGUUUCUCAUUACAGGUAUUUGUUAGGGGGGUUUGCGUUCUUGAGAAUGGGAAUGUAAAAUUCUUAAUGGAAGACUUAUGUUUGUGUGGAUCAAAUUCUUAAGCAUAUUUUGGGAGUAAUUUCAAACUCUUUAAA